AAGAAAAGCCCGCCUCCUGACCCAUAAGGCCACGGGGCCGGAAGUCCCCCUCUCUCUUCCUGUUCUCCACCAUGGCGCAAGAUCAAGGCGAAAAGGAGAACCCCAUGCGGGAACUGCGCAUCCGCAAGCUCUGCCUCAAUAUCUGCGUGGGGGAGAGCGGAGACAGACUGACCCGGGCGGCCAAGGUGUUGGAGCAGCUCACAGGCCAGACCCCUGUGUUUUCCAAAGCUAGAUACACUGUCAGGUCCUUCGGCAUCCGGAGGAAUGAGAAGAUUGCUGUUCACUGCACAGUCCGUGGAGCCAAGGCAGAGGAAAUUCUGGAGAAAGGCCUGAAGGUGCGGGAGUAUGAAUUACGGAAAAACAACUUCUCAGAUACUGGAAACUUCGGUUUUGGAAUUCAGGAACACAUUGACCUGGGCAUCAAAUACGACCCAAGCAUUGGGAUCUACGGCCUGGACUUCUAUGUGGUGCUGGGUAGGCCAGGUUUCAGCAUCGCAGACAAGAAGCGCAGAACAGGCUGCAUUGGGGCCAAACACAGAAUCAGCAAAGAGGAGGCCAUGCGCUGGUUCCAGCAGAAGUAUGAUGGGAUCAUCCUUCCUGGAAAAUAAAUUCUAUCCAAAAGGCCAAUAAAAUUUUCUCAGAAAUGCA